GUCACAGUCCUGUGUCUUGUUGCCAGGCCUGGACAGUGAGUCUGCCUCUAGCAGCAUCCGCUUCAGCAAGGCCUGCCUGAAGAACGUCUUCUCUGUCCUGCUCAUCUUCAUCUACCUGCUGCUCAUGGCUGUGGCUGUCUUCCUGGUCUACCAGACCAUCACAGACUUCCGUGAAAAGCUCAAGCACCCUGUCAUGUCCGUGUCUUACAAGGAGGUGGAUCGCUAUGAUGCUCCAGGUAUUGCCCUGUAUCCUGGUCAGGCCCAGCUGAUCAGCUGUAAGCACCAUUACGAAGUCAUUCCCCCUCUGACUAGCCCUGGCCAGCCCGGUGACAUAAACUGCACCACUCAGAGGAUCAACUACACACACCCCUUCUCCAAUCAGACCACGUCCCUGGCCAGAUGUCCACAUGACUGCCUCACCUGCAUCCAGUAAGGUCAGUGAGGGCUUUAUCCUCAGCUGACUGAUGUCAGGGCUUGCUGAAGGUGGGAUGAGCCCCUGUCCUUGGUGCAAAGGGCAGAGCUGAGGGGUGGGGCUGUGUGAUGUAGUGACUUGGGUCCCCUGUUUGACUGUGUUAGAAUCAGGAGCAGGUGUUGUAUAGUGGCUCUGUGCCUGAAUUUAACGUCAGAUAAAGGAGAGGGCUGGAGAAGGCUUUAAGUAUCUUAAGUGCAAAAAGAUAUUAAAAGUACAGUGAAUAAAUACAGGCAAACUCAGGAACUGGAGAUAGGUUCUUGGCUCUAGGCUAGGCCAGGCAAAAUUAGCAAGGCCCCAUCUCAAAAACAAGA